AGUGUAAGUUGAGAACCUCAGUUAUUUCAAUAUCACCUGUAGCGUCCUGCAGUUUCCUUGGAGUUGACAGGCAUAACUCCUUGACAUGACAGCUUACCUGUGGCCAUGACAGAUGACCUGUGUAGAAACGUCGCCCCCAUCCGCCAGCUGUAUUUAGGAUAAGCCUGCUUGAUGUACGAUGCCUGUUUCACUUGACAAUUUCCUUCUCUAAAUUGUUUUCUUCAUUAACCUUGGAGGGGUGACAUUGUCUUUGAUUCUAUCAACAGGGUCCUGAUGUGGAUUUCAAUUUCGCCUUUGUUGUGAUUUGCAGGCUUCAGGAUAUAGAUGAUGUGUCUCAUUCUCAUCUAGUUUAAACAUUUUUGUUUUGACCAAUCAGAAUGAAGCCAGAAAAAGGAAACGAAACCUCGUCCAAUGGAUUUGAUCGCAACCACAUUGAAUUUGAGAUUGUAGAUAGCCUUGUACCUGCGGAUUCUGAAAAAAAAUGCAUCCAGCUCCGUUCCUGUCUCAGCUCUUGCACGAGGCCGUGCCUGGCAGAAACGUACCCCCUCCCCCCUGGCGCUGCCUGUCCUCGCAGGUGUUUAGACAACUUCCUCUGUCCCCCUCACUCCCGCAUGGGUGCUGUCAUGUUCAUGGUGCUCGUGGCACUGGCCAUAUGGGCUGCCCUGUUCUCUUUGACGGGCGACCAGGCCCUGCCUAAAGGCAACCUGUUUUCCCUUUUUGUCCUGUUUGUAGCCUGCUGGUGUGGAGGCUAUGUGGUCAAGCUGAUCAAACUGCCACCUUUGUUAGGUAUGCUUCUUGUUGGAGGUGUGCUAGGUAAUGCACCAUACAUCAAUGUGGCUAAAGACAUCAAUGCUACCUGGCUGUUUAGCUUGAGGCAGAUUGCGCUGACCAUCAUACUGACCCGCGCUGGACUUGGCCUGGAUCCAAAGGCUCUGCGGCGCCUGUCCUUUGUUGUGGUCAGGCUGGCCUUUCUUCCCUGCCUGGCCGAGACUAUUGUGGAUGGGAUAGCCAGCCAUCUUAUACUGGGGUUUCCUUGGCCCUGGGGCUUCAUGCUGGGGUUUGUGAUUGCGGCCGUCUCCCCUGCUGUCAUUGUCCCAUCCCUCCUGGGACUGGGGGAGAAAGGCUACGGGGUGGAGAAGGGGAUCCCCACCCUGGUGAUAGCUGCGGCCAGUAUAGACGAUGUGCUGGCCAUCACAGGGUUUGGGGUCCUCUUGGGAAUUACUUUCUCCACUGGUGAUAUUGUAUGGACUUUGUUUAAAGGGCCGUUAGAGGUUAUAGCUGGUACACUGUUUGGUAUUGUUGGAGGGGUCAUUCUGUGGUACAUUCCACAGAAAUCAAGUAAACAUUUGGUUUUAUUCCGGGCCACCCUGCUGUUGGCGUUGGGUCUGGUUGGAAUAUUUGGCAGUAUCAAGCUGCACUGGUCAGGUGCUGGACCUCUGGCCGCUCUCACCUUGCCAUUUGUUGCUGCCCUCAGGUGGAGGUCAGAGUUCAAAGAAGGAGAAGAGAACCCUCUUGAAAGAGUUGUGGGUGUUUUGUGGAUGAUUUUUCAACCCUUUCUGUUUGGUCUCAUUGGCGCAGAGGUUGAUCUUUCCAACUUGGAUGCAGAUAUAAUUGGACUUGGCAUUGGAGCUUUGUUUAUAGGCCUGGUAGUGAGGAUAUGUGUGUCCUUCUUGUCUGUGUUCUUCACAAAUCUCAACAUGAAGGAGAGAUUGUUUGUGGCUGUUGCUUGGCUACCAAAGGCCACAGUGCAGGCUGCCAUAGGUACUAUAGCAUAUGACCUGGCCAAGAAAAAGGAAGAUGAAGUGUUGCAAGGUUAUGGGAAGCAGGUUCUGAACCUGGCUGUGCUGGCCAUACUGAUCACUGCGCCACUCGGAUCAUUUCUGAUAUCAAUUCUGGGACCUCUGUUGCUGGACCGUCCAACACUGCAGGACAUUGAGCUGAACUGUCCGAAGGAGAAUGAAAAUGAAGUAAACAAACCAUUGAAAAGGGAAGAAGAAGAAGAAGAUGAGGAUGCUGAUGUGGGAGUUUAAGAAGUUGAUAAAUUAGAGCAAAAAUCUCAUUGGAUAAUGACAUCACUGGUUAAUGACAUCAUUAAUUAAUUAAUUAAUUGGUUAAUUGCACCACAUUCUGAAGUGGUACUAUCUCAAGAUGAGUGGGUUUUUAUAAUUGAUUAUAGUAGCUCCACAAUAAAAACUGAUAUCUUCACUUAGCAACAGUAACAUAUCAGUGAAAGAGAAUAAUUUAUUUUAUUAAACUUGUAAGGGUAUAGUACAAAGCAAUUCUCUACAAGGUAGUGUUUACAUUUUUUAAACAAAUAAUUUAAUUGUUACAUUAUCAGGGAAAAAGACUAAUGGUCUUCUGUACAUAAAUAACUUCUGGAGUUAAUUUAUAACCAUUAUUUUGUUUUGAUUUAAAUAAAAUGAUUAAAUAAAAAAAAUUUUUUUUAAAUAAAAAUGAUUCUCUGUAAGCAGUUUCACAUUGUAUCUUCCAGGGAGGUAACUCUCAAUUAGCAAUAAUAGCAUGUAUAAUAACUAAGCCAAUUAACAAACAAGUCAAUGUUUUUUGGUUAUAACAUUUAUAUAACAAAGCCAACUAGCAAAUAAGGCCAUGUUUUAUUUGUUUGUAUAUAACGUUUACGCUUCAUUCUUUUAAUUUAUGCACAUAUCAUUACUGGCAUUGUGAUUUUUUUCAUUCCAACCUACAGUGUCAACCUACAGUGUAAUGUAAAUAAGUUGUUUUAAUUUUUAUGGUAAAACUAGAACAACAGCUGGUAUUUAUAACAUUUUUGUUGUUGUUCUUAAAAAGAAGUGUAGACUUGUAAUGUAUACUGACAAAAUGUUUUAUUCAUAUUAAUAUUAUCUAAAUGUGUAGCAUAUUUUCUGUAUUUUUAAAUUGUUAAUUUUAACAUAUUUAAUAUAAUCUUAUGUUAUUCAGAAGAAGUUUAUGAAAAAAACAAUCCAAGGAUAUAAAGUUGCGCUCCUAACAUAAACUAGUCAAGUAGUAUUUAUUAAGUUAAUAAAAAAAACACUUAAUAAUAUCUGUCCUAGGCAGGGGAUCAAUGCCCAGAUUUCCUCGAGUUAACUCCCCUGUGGUGAUCUUGACUCUUAUUGUAGAGUUAACUUGGCAAGGUGAUGAUUACACAAUGAAGCUGGGGGGAAGAAAACUCCUCUAACUUCACUGACCUCAUGCUAUACAGGACAAUAAUUGGUUUUCUGUACUUUAAUCGAGCCUUGCCUCUGAACAUCAGUGGUCACAGAAUUUACUUUACACUGAGAACUGGGAUUUCAGUGUUGGCUUGUGGUGACUAGAUGGGUUAUUUGCCCCUCACCUUUUUUUAAGUCGGUGUAAUAUUGGUUUUAAAAAAACUUUUAAAAUGUUAUACAAACCAGGGAUAAAGAAUACAUAUUGAAUUUGCAAGGUAAAUUAUAAUUGGUUGUCAAUUACUCUAAUUUAUUGUCCAAAUCACAAUUUUAAAACCGAACUUUCUUUGAAUGUUAACAGUAUUACAAUAAGAUUAUCUUUGUUAUUUUAUGUUCAUUAUUUUUAACAAAAUGUAAUGAACUAAAUAUUUUAAAAAAAAUUAAUGUGGUACUCUCUGAACUUGUGAACUACUACUAGUCACUCAUGUUCAACAUGUGUAAAUUAUCUCAUAUAGCAUGUUCCGAGUUAAAUAUUUAUUCAAACCAUUGGUUUACUCAUAUUUAACUUAUAUAAAACAUAAAUUAUUCUUAUUUUACUAGCAAAUAUAAUUUUUUUCAAUAACUUUCCUCCCUGUUGAUAACUAUCUUGUCAGAGAGUAUAGGCAUAUAAAACCAAGGGAAGUAACUGCUUGGUGACAAUACUGACCACAUCUAGAGUAUUUAAUUUAAGCCCUAAGUUUUACUAUUUUAGGAUAAGAAUUACAUUAGUUAUAUUUUUUGUAUAAGAAAAUGCACAUCAUUGUUUUUGUAUAAUAUUCUAAACAAGUUAUUAU